AUGACCGUCCAAAACGCCCAAGACACCUCCGAGUUCUGGUUAUACGGAUACGGCCAGGAUCACCGAGGCACACCCGAGGCUCCCGGUCGUGUUGUCACUCUUAUUGAGAGGUCUUACUGGGAACAGCUAAAGGAUAAAGACGGUCACGCAUCUGCACCGGAGCGCGUCUGGGGUGUCGCUUACCGAAUCAUUCCCGAAAAGGUCGCCGAGGUCAAGGAAUAUCUUGACAUCCGCGAGAUCAAUGGUUACUCUAUCCACUACGCCCCCUUUCACCCCGCCGACGGCUCUUCCUCGAUCAACACCCUCGUCUACAUCGGCACUCCGGAGAAUGACCAGUUCGUCGGCCCUCAGGAUCCCCAGGAGCUUGCCGAGCACAUUGCCCGCAGUCAAGGGCCCAGCGGCCCCAACAUUGACUACCUCCUAAACCUCGAGGAAGCCCUCAAUGAAUUGGCUCCGGACAGCGGCGAUGUUCACAUCCACGACCUCGCUCGCCGUGUCAGGGAGCUCCGGAGCAGCGGCAAAAUCGCACACCUGAACCCUACGCCGACCACCCAUCAGCAAAAGCACAGCACCGAAGAGGCGGAAGAGAUUGAAGACCCAAGCCCCUGA